AAGUAAGCAAGAAAGAAAAAAAGAAAAGAAAAGAGGCGCACCGCGAUUCAUUCAUAAACCCAAAGAAAACUCUGAUUAAAUCAUACCGCUCCCUAACCCCACCAGCCUAAUCCCCACCACCAUCUCCUCCUCCACCACCAUCACCACCACCAAAUCCUUCCAAACAAACUCAACAAGUAGCCCCACAAAUCACAGCUCUCAGACGCAUACACAGACAGAGAGAAAAAAGAGACAGAUAAAGACAGUGUCGGAGAGAGGGAAUUAAAGAGAAGAUGAAGCUCUCGGCGUUACAGCAAAGCUACUUAAACCGUCGCAGCAACAGCUUCAGGUCAUCUGGGGCGUUGGAUUCGUCUUCGGACAGUUCGAUCAAGUCCACCUCCGCGAUCUUCUGGCUCGUACUCCACGGACUCUGCUGCCUCAUUAGUCUCUUUCUCGGCUUCCGCUUCUCACGGUUGGUCUUCUUGUUCCUCUUCUCCACUUCUGCUACCACCAACCUCUACACCUCGCCGUUUCGCACAGCCUCCGAGCUCGCCCAGACCCUCACCGUUCACUCCACUCCGAUUCGGGAUCUCGAGUUUCCGCCUGGGAACAUAACCUCCAUGGCCGGCGGGAGCUCCGGCAGUAGUCGAGUUGUGGUCGGAAGACACGGGAUCCGAAUCCGGCCCUGGCCUCACCCGAACCCCGUCGAGGUCAUGAGGGCUCAUCAGAUCAUCGAGAGGGUCCAGAAGGAGCAGAGACUUCAGUUCGGGCUCAAGAACCCGAGGACAGUCAUCGUAAUCACGCCGACCUAUGUACGGACGUUCCAGGCGCUGCAUUUGACAGGCGUGAUGCACUCGCUCAUGCUGGUUCCGUACGAUCUCGUCUGGAUCGUGAUUGAGGCCGGUGGAGCCACCAACGAGACCGCUUCGCUCUUCGCUAAGUCUGGGCUUCGGACUAUCCACAUUGGAUUCCGUCAGCGGAUGCCGAAUUCGUGGGAGGGACGGCACCAUUUGGAGGCUCGGAUGCGGCUUCACGCUUUGAGAAUUGUGAGAGAAAAGAAGCUGGAUGGGAUCGUGAUGUUUGCAGAUGAUAGUAAUAUGCAUAGUAUGGAGCUCUUUGAUGAGAUUCAGAAUGUCAGAUGGGUUGGUGCUCUUUCGGUUGGGAUACUUGCGCAUUCGAGUGAUGCAGAUGAGACCUCUGCGUCUGUAAUUGAGAAAAACGAGGAUGAGGAGAACCCUGAAUCACUGCCUGUUCAGGGUCCUGCCUGCAACUCAUCCAAUCAUUUGGCUGGAUGGCACACCUUUAAUUCUCUGCCGUAUCUCGGGAAGAGCGCUACUUACAUUGGUGAUCGAGGGAUUGUGUUACCCAGGAAGCUUGAAUGGGCUGGGUUUGUGUUGAAUUCCCAGUUGCUUUGGAAGGAUGCUGAAGACAAGCCAGAGUGGGUCAAGGAUCUAGAUGCAUUAACUCACAAUGAUGAGGACAUAGAGAGUCCGUUAUUUCUGCUAAAGGAUUUUUCUGUGGUGGAGCCACUUGGAAGCUGUGGACGGCAGAUAUUGCUCUGGUGGCUUCGAGUUGAAGCUCGUGCGGACAGCAAAUUUCCUCCUGGAUGGAUAAUUGACCCUCCUUUGGAGAUCACUGUCCCGUCAAAACGCACACCUUGGCCGGAUGCCCCUCCUGAACUCCCAUCUACUGAAAAAGUAGUGACUGGUGUCCAAGAGCAGAUAGUGAAGCAUUCUUCAAAGACUCGAACACCCAGAUCUAAACGCACUCGUAGUAAGAGAAAGCGUGACACAAAAAUAGUAGACACACGGCUUCCAGUGAGGAAUUCUGAACAAAAUUGAAAGAUGAUCCCAGUACAUCUAAUGAUAAUAUAAUGCUGUGUGAAUUUGAAACCCCUGGCUUUUCAGCUUCAAGAUUCAAUUGAUAUAGCAGAGAAGCAAGGUAUUACAGGGUACAUAGCGAAGGCACUGGUUACAGCGGGUCAGUCACCCAAUUCAGCCUGAAUUCCACCUGAUUUUGCAAUUUUUCGCCUUUGAUUUUAUAUUUUUGUUGGGUGAUUCAUAUUCUGGUCUCAUGAAAGUGGUAUAUUCACUGGAUCCUGACGAGUCUCAUGCUUUGUAGAAAGCUUGUAUCCAAUAGGCUUCAAAUUUUAUACAGAAAUCGUUUCUAAAUAGGAAUUAUAGAGUUGCAAUCAGUUGGGCCUCUCAGAAACGAUACCAAAAUGUAAUAAAAUCUUCAUUCAUUACAAAA